AUGGAAGACUUGGAGAUAGAGGAGCUGCUCAAGAGAUACAAGAAAAGAGACUUGGUACAGACGUACUUUUUUAAAAUGGCAUGUCGUGUAUUUGGGCCACCAAAAUCUCGAGAUCGGAUUAUAAUCGCGCCCCCAAUGCAUGUCGUCAACAAAGUUCAGAGAGACCCGAUGGGAGGGCUACAGCGCCACACGCCAACUUCACAGAAAACCAGAGACACAGCGGUGAUGUCAGUGGACUCGCCGGUGCAGCAGUUUACCAGUUUUCCAGCUGAAAAUACAAUAGCGAACCAGGAAUGGGUUGGAGAACGGAGAGCAUUUCGUAAAAUUUUGAACGGAAUCGGAAACCUGAGCCAGUGGAUUAACAACAAGCCCACCGUGACCGAGCUGGAGCUGAAGGUGGCGGAGAGGGAGCGGAGUGUCCAUAAAGGAUGUCCUCCGGUCGGCUCUGAGUCCCAGCUGUUACCCGCCGCGAAGCGUUUGGAACCAAUAAUCUGUGAAACUCCGACGCUUCACGUGGGCGCACGAGAUCCGGAGGAGGUGCGGAAGCACCUGCGCGGGCGCGAGACCCUUAUCUUAGAGGUGUGCAACCAGCUGGACACGAGGGGCACCGGGAAAAUAACCCGGCGUGAUCUGCGUGCUGUCUUUGAAAAAACGGGUAUGAAGGUCUCAGAGGAGAGGCUGGAGGCGUUGAUGGGGUGGCUGAGUGCUGAUGGCGUGUGUGUGACGGUGGCGGAGCUGGCUGCAGGUAUCCAGGACUGGACAGAGGAGGGCAGCCACGCACUGGCUCCUCUACACACACUGGCUCCUCUACACACACUGCUGCAGGAGCAACAGGAACGCCACAGGAUUAGGAUUUACCACCAGCAGCGCAGGAAGGGAGGGAUGCUGGAUGAGGAGGUCCUGGCGAUCCUGCGGACCCUGCGGUCAUGUGAUCGGGUGCAGGAUGCCCACUCUGCCCCCUCCUCUCUGGCUGGCCCCAUGGGCCACAUGGUGGACCGCUACCGGCGCCAGGGCCUGGGAGAGUACCUGGACACCCUGGAGCUGAGCCAGAGGCAGGACACACACAUCAGCCAGCGCAGCAUGCAGAGAGUUCUGCUGCACCCGGGAGACCUUCCCCUGCAUGGUUCGGGGGGGCGGAGCCUCAGGCAGGCCGGCAGCAGCCCCAUCUCAGGAUGCGGGGGGCGUCUGCGGGGGGGCGUGGCCAAGGCCAGUGGUCCCUCCUUAAAGGAGGAGAAGGAGGCAGAGAAAGAGGAGAUGGAGGAAGAUGAACCGCCAAAAAAAGUCCACAGGGAAAAGAGAAGACCCUGCUCUCGCCGUGCUAACCCGAGUGCCUUCUGGCCAGGCCGUGAGGAUCAUGUGCGUCUGUACCUGCCCCAGGUGGGCCUGCCUCCUGAACGAGUCCUGUUCCAGCACAUCACACGGAAUCCUGCCCCCAGCCCUGGGGCCUGGCCAAUCAACGCCCAAGGAUACUCCACCUCAGGAGACGUGGAUGCCCACAGAGCUUAUGCUUUGUAGACCAGAGCGGAAGAACACGUCUUUGGUUGGAAACCUUGCUGGAGGACUGGAGAUUAGGAAUUAUGAUUAAGUUGUUUUCAAAUGCUCUUCCUGUGAUUUUCUGAUGACUAGCACUGUCACUGCAAAUUCAAUUUAAUUUAAUCUGGUCUUAAAUGUUUUAUGUCUCAAAUUAUGCAAGCAAAACGCAGACUACUGUUUGAUCCUUUAUGUGUUUAAUUUUGUCCCAUAUUGAAAUUAGAUUUUCUCUAUCAAGUCUAUUUAAAUUUUCAGCCACUCCUUGUUUAACUGGUGUGGUCUACUUAGCCUUGAAAGAACUCUGGAUUCACGCAGAUCAUGUACAAAACUUGCUUCAUAUAUCUGAUAGGACUGACUGGAUUUACGCUGGUCAUGUACACUACUUGCUUCAUAUAUCUUAUUGAUAAGAGUUUGGAAAUACCGAGAAUAUUCUUAGAGUUGCGCUCCCAGGGACCUGAGCUAGUCACAUUCACAUAAACAUGCAUCUGCACUGCAACUUGGAUAAGUCAGCCCAUAAACAUAGAACCCCAGGUUCCAAGGUCUAGGCCCUACAGUCCUUAUCUAUGAGGCAGAACCCCAGGGCCUAAGUUAGAGGUCUGCGUGGGACAGAUUUUUCAGUCCCGUUCCCGCCUGCUCCUGCAAUAAUGUAUAAUUUUUAAGUAUGAGUAUACUCUUUUGAUCCCGUGAGGGAAAUUUGGUCUUUGCAUUUAUCCCAAUCCGUGAAUUAGUGAAACACACUCAGCACUUAGUUAAUUAAUCUCCAAAAAAAUAGAUUGUUAGUGAAAAGACUCCCUAAGUUUAUAUAUUUUUUAUUAUUAUAUUGUUUAUCAUUUCUUAAAUGUACACUUAAAUUUGCACAAAUUUGCACAAAAAGCGCUGUGGAGAAAUUGCAUGAUUGUUUGGCUCUGCCACCUAACCAGUUUACCAGCUAGGAAACCCUGUAGCUCUGGACCAGGGGCUCAUCAAAAGUUCACCCAUUUUGUUAAUCUCAACCCAGCACUCCAGUGUGUCCUGCUUUGUAAGUCAUCACUUUAAUGAUCCUUGCAGUGACUUGUGAUGUUUAUACGUUUGUAGAGUAGCUCUGCUAUCAUGUGUAAGGUUACCAUAAGGCCUUUGUUUGUUGGUUUUGGUGUGUUGGAGUGCCAUGUGAGAGUAGCCUGGAAAUAUCCAGACUCUCGUCCGUACAUUUAAUUUGUACAGAGAGUCUGGCCACUUUCCAUUGCCAAGCGUUAACUUCCUUGAAGGCGAGUACUCUGUUGAAGUUUAAAACUAUUGGAUCUGCCCAGAGCCACUCUGGAUCUGCCGUAACCAAUCGCUAACGUUUGGUUGUGACGUAUGUCUGGCUCAAAUUAGCACACGACCUCAACGUCAUCGUGCUCAGCUACUCCCUCUGUUCGCUGAUUGGACCUGCAGAUUUUUGCAGGAGAAAACCUGCAAAUAUACCGCAGACCCAGACGACAUACUGAAGGGGAAUUAAAAUUGAGCGGAAGUACGUAGGAGGGCGGAGUCAGGCUAAUGUGAGAGAUGGUUAGAUGAUAAUGGUUAAUGGUGGAUUGACUUGGGAUGUGAAGGAUUGUUUAGUUCUUUCUCAUAUAGCCAUGUGAUUUCAGUUUAUUGUUCAUAUGUCAAUUGUUUGGUUUGUGAGCUGAGAUCUUUACUGAUUUACCCCAUUCACUGAAUACCCCAUUUUCUGUUUAUUGCCUAUUUGAUGCAGCACUCGUAUAAGUAUAGAUACUCUUUUGAUCUCGUGAGGGAAAUUUGGUCUCUGCAUUUAACCCAAUCUGUGAGUUAGUGAAACACACAGUGAACACACAGUGAGGUGAAGCACACAGUAACCAGAGCAGUGAGCUGCCUGCUACAGCGGUGUUUAGGGAGCAGUGAGGGGUCAGGUACCGCUGUCUCGCUAUCCGGCAAAAAUAUUCUUUGGACGCCGGCAUUGACCGAUUACCGGCGCCCAUUGACUUACAUUGAACACAUGUAAACAAAACGUCACUUUGACACAAAACUACAUUUUUGUACAACAUUUAUACAGCAAAAAGUACAGAAUUUGGAUCAAGAAAUGUGGAGAAAUAUCGAUAUUAAGAAAAUUGCCGCUGCGUGACGCCGAGCUAAUGGCAUUUCCCCUUGUCCAUAGGUCACGUAUAACGGUCACGUCGGUGGCCGUUAUCCCUCACAUGUCAGAGUAAUGACAUUCAAAAACAUACCUUUAUAUUACAUUACAAAUUAUAAAGGAACGAAAUUUCAAAAGAAAAACGCAAUGUUAGCUGGAUGACACGAAUAUUAGUAAGGAAAAACAAGAUUUUUACCGUAAUGUCCCGUGAAAUUACAUAUGUUGUGGCGCUAUUGCGCGGCACGGCCAGCAGAUGACAUCAUUGCACUGCAGCAACCAGGAACCAGCAAUAAACCUCGACACUCGAGAUUUUAGGGCCGUUGUCAGCCACAACGCACAAUCUGAAAAUCUGAAUUGUGAAGUAGACCUACUCCAUAGUCACGUGUGCCUGUUCAUUCAUUCCAUGUCAAUAGAACAAACCAAAUUACAAUAGGCUAGUAAUGCAAUACUACAUACAAUACAUAUGUAUAUAUGCAGACCUGUUCGAAGACACAACAUACAUGUCAUAUGUACAUGUAAGUAAUUAACUGGUACACUUAAUAGGUUUAUUCCACUGUA